CCCAGAGAGGAAAGGAAAUUUCUCUCUGUCCGAUUCCUUCCUGAUUCCCCGUCAAGGGCAAAGAUCCGAUCGUCAAAAGUUUGAAUUUUUGCCAUAGGGGAAUGCGGGCGAUGUUUAUUUUUCUUCUUUUUUGAUUUUCUGCACAUAGUUGUAGUGUUUCACGCAAAUUUGCCAUUGUAAAUGAUCGUAUAUAUGUAUCUUAUCAUAGAUCCAUAAUUCAGUUGUUGAAUCAUCUUAUUUAUUGAAGGGGAAAAAGUAUAUAUCGUGGGUUUCUUGAUGGGUUUCCUUGUUGAUUCACAAAACGGUGGUUCUGGUUGUUUAUGGGGUUGUUUGAGGGGCUUGGUGAGGAGGAAGCAGGUGGAUUCUGCUAAUUCCAAUCAUUCCGGUCACCAUCAAUUGGCUAAGGAGCUGACCGUUCCUUACCUUGUUGCAAUUGGUGUUGGCUCAACAAUUGGAGCUGGGGUUUACAUUCUUGUUGGGACUGUUGCCAGAGAGCAUUCUGGGCCAGCACUCACCUUCUCUUUCCUGAUUGCUGGAAUUGCUGCUGCUCUCUCUGCCUUUUGCUAUGCUGAACUUUCAAGUCGUUGCCCUUCUGCUGGAAGUGCAUAUCAUUAUACAUACAUAUGUGUUGGAGAAGGUGUUGCUUGGAUGAUUGGUUGGGGUCUUAUAUUAGAGUAUACAAUUGGCGGUUCAGCUGUUGCUCGUGGCAUAUCUCCAAAUCUGGCACUGCUUUUUGGAGGCAAUGAUAGCCUGCCUGCUUUUCUUGCACGCCAACAUAUUCCUGUGCUUGAUGUUGUGGUUGAUCCAUGUGCUGCAAUUUUAGUGUUUAUCGUGACCGGCCUUUUGUGUGUAGGAAUCAAGGAGAGUACAUUUGCCCAAGGUAUCGUCACCACUGCAAAUACGUGUGCUAUGAUUUUUGUGAUAGUGGCUGGUGGUUAUUUGGGAUUUAAGACUGGAUGGGCUGGAUAUAAUCUUCCUACUGGAUAUUUCCCCUUUGGGGUGGAUGGCAUGCUUGCUGGGUCUGCAACAGUCUUCUUUGCAUUUAUUGGUUUUGAUUCAGUUGCCAGCACUGCUGAGGAGGUGAAGAAUCCUCAACGAGAUUUGCCUCUGGGUAUAGGUUUAGCUCUCUUUAUCUGCUGUUCGCUUUACAUGCUGGUAUCUGUUGUGAUAGUUGGUCUGGUACCAUAUUAUGCGAUGGAUCCUGAUACCCCCAUCUCCUCCGCAUUUGCUAGCAAUGGCAUGCAAUGGGCUGCUUACAUAAUAACUAUUGGAGCUACAACUGCUCUUUGCUCAACAUUGAUGGGUUCAAUCCUCCCUCAGCCUCGAAUUCUGAUGGCAAUGGCAAGAGAUGGUUUGCUUCCAUCAUUUUUCUCAGAUGUCAAUAAACGCACCCAAGUUCCUGUCAAGAGCACAAUAGCAACUGGUGUUGUUGCUGCAACCUUGUCAUUCUUCAUGGAUGUUUCAGAGUUGGCGGGGAUGGUCAGCAUUGGUACGCUUCUUGCGUUUACUAUGGUAGCAAUAUCUGUAUUGAUACUCAGAUAUGUCCCGCCAGACGAGGUGCCACUUCCAUCGUCACUUCAGGGGUCCAUUGAUUCCCUGUCAUUGCAAUAUGCUAGGGACAAUCAGGUGAGCAGGAAGGGGAAAACUAAGAUGAGUACUUCAAUUGAUGCUACUCAACCUCUGCUUGGCAAAAACAAGGCAGCAGUUGAUUAUCCUGUAAUUGAAAAGCAAGAAGCUCAAGGCAGUUAUAUCCUCAAUGAAGAGAACAGGCGAAAAGUUGCUGGCUGGGCUAUAAUGUUCACAUGUAUAGGAGUUCUGAUCCUCACCUGUGCAGCUUCAAAUUUGGGUCUACCAAGGCUUCUUCGAUAUACAUUGUGUGGAAUUGGUGGUGUUCUACUUUUGUCUGGUCUGAUUGUCUUGACCACAAUUGAUCAAGAUGAAGCAAGGCAUACUUUCGGUCAUAGAGGAGGUUUCUUGUGCCCAUUUGUGCCACUCCUACCAAUUUUAUGCAUUCUCAUCAAUGUCUACUUACUCGUCAAUCUAGGGGCUGCCACUUGGGCUCGUGUAUCCAUAUGGCUUCUGAUAGGAGUAAUCGUCUAUGUAUUUUAUGGACGUACCCAUAGUUCACUGCUGGAUGCAGUUUAUGUACCUGCAACACAUGCUGAUGAAAUUUAUCGCACCUCUAGAGCUUCUCUGGUUUAGUUGAAUUAGGGAUGAGUCAGUAGAGGAAAAAUGAAAAUGGAAUGUCUAUCUGCGCAUCAGCUGGGUACAAAAUCGUGUACCUUGAAAAAGAAUGUGUUGUAUGCUUGCAUUUUUUUUUCUCUUCCUAGUGGUUUAUUGUUUACCAUUGUCAUGAAAUCAGCCCUUGUAUAUAGCAUAUAUAUUGCUGUAGAUUGGGAACAUGCUCAAACAAUGUAAAUAUUUAGCAAAUGGAAGAUUGUUUUCCAUGGCUUUGCAAUCCUUAAAGUCUUCACCC